CGUCAACAAGUCACAAGUGUCAACCAUACCUCAAAUUUUUAAAAGUAAAUAUUUAUUUUUGUAAUGCUUUACAAUAAUUGUGUACCAAUUUUGGAAGUGAUAUUAUGAUAAAGUGUGGCACUCGAAGAGCCUACAACACAAUUUUAGGAAGUAUAAGAGGGAGGGCAGUGAAGCAAGCUGGCAAGACGGAUGCCUUCGGAGCAGAGCCUCGAGCUUGGAUAUGUGUCUUCCAACAACACCACCACCACCACCACAGCGACCGGAAACCAAGCUGACCACAGUGGCAACCCUGACCCCCAAGAUGAGGUGGACGGCAACCUGUCUUCAGCCCUUGAUAGAGAGACGGAGAUCUCAGCGGAUCAGAGAGCUGGGGCCGAGCAACGUGUGAUAUUUCUCAAUAGGGCGCAGCCAGCUGUUUCGAAAUAUUGUAAAAAUAACGUAUCUACAGCCAAAUAUAGUUUUCAUACAUUCAUACCGCUGUUCCUUUUCGAACAGUUCCGAAGAUGGGCCAACUGUUUUUUUCUGUUGAUGGCGCUGCUGCAGCAGAUACCGGACGUUUCGCCGACUGGAAAAUACACCACUCUAGUGCCUCUUAUUUUUAUAUUAACCGUGUCUGCUGUCAAGGAGAUUGUAGAGGAUAUUAAAAGACACAGAGCUGACGAUGAAAUUAACAAUCGGCAUAUUGAAGUUCUAAGAGAAGAUCGUUGGAUUACUGUAAAAUGGAAAAAAGUAAUAGUGGGAGACAUUAUCAAAGUGUUGAACAACACUUUUUUCCCAGCAGAUUUGGUACUUUUAUCGUCCAGCGAACCUCAGGGAAUGAGUUUUAUAGAAACGUCAAAUUUAGACGGAGAAACCAAUUUAAAAAUCAGACAGGCCUUAUCUAGCACGGCAGCCAUUACUUCCACUAACGAUUUGAAAAAUCUAUCGGGCACGAUUGAAACUGAACCACCUAACAGGCACUUGUACGAUUUCAAGGGAGUCAUCAGGCAUAGCGAUAGAUCGCCGGAACCUUUGGGUCCCGAUCAGAUCCUUUUGAGAGGUUCGCUGUUACGUAACACCUCUUGGAUAUUUGGAGUAGUUAUCUACACUGGCCAUGACACUAAAUUGAUGAAAAAUUCCGCUCUGGCGCCUCUGAAGCGUUCCAACGUCGACAAGAUGACUAACACGCAAAUUCUUCUACUUUUCGGUGUACUGUUUACAAUGUGCGUGAUUUGUUGUAUAUUUAAUGUUUUCUGGACCAACCAACACACUAAGACUGACUGGUAUAUUGGUCUUGAAGAUGUUACACAGAGUUAUUUUUAUACUUUUAUAACGUUUCUGAUUCUGUUUAACAAUUUGGUACCCAUAUCCCUUCAAGUCACAUUAGAGCUUGUCAGAUUUAUUCAGGCUAUAUUUAUAAAUAUGGACAGGGAAAUGUAUCACGCCGAAACGGACACGCCAGCCAUGGCCAGGACUUCUAAUUUGAACGAGGAAUUGGGCCAAGUGAAAUACAUCUUCUCCGAUAAGACUGGUACUCUUACUAGGAACAUAAUGGAAUUUAAAAAAUGCGCGGUCGGUCGAGACGUUUAUCCGCUUACAGAAAACGUGGACGAUUCCUUAUUAGUAUCUCACUUGCGAUCAGAUCACAAAAACGCGGCAUUAAUUCGAGAAAUGUUAGUCCUGCUGUCUAUCUGCCAUACGGUAAUUCCCGAAAAAUCCACAGACAGCAUCAUCUAUCAUGCAGCAUCGCCUGACGAAAGAGCGCUCGUAUACGGAGCCAGUAAGUACGGAUAUAUCUUCGAGAGCAGAACGCCCGAUUCCGUCGAAAUAGACGCAUUAGGGAAGAAGGAGAAGUACGAAAUAUUGGCCGUAUUGGAGUUUACCUCUGCAAGGAAAAGGAUGAGCGUCAUCGUGAGGGAUCCUAACGGUAAGAUCAAAUUGUACUGCAAAGGCGCCGAUUCCGUUAUAUUCGAUCGGUUGGACCAUAGCCCGAAUGCGCAAGAAUAUAAAUCGUUGUUGCUUGCGCAUUUAGAAGCUUUUGCUAGCGACGGAUUGAGAACGUUAUGCUGUGCGUACGUCGAUUUGAAAGAGAGCGAAUACCAAGUGUGGAAGGAACAAUUCAUGAGGGCUUGCAUUUCAAUACAACACAGAGAAGAAAAAGUCGAAGAAGCUGCGAACUUGAUCGAAAGAAAGUUAAAGUUAAUCGGCGCUACAGCAAUAGAAGAUAAACUGCAAGAGGGUGUGCCGGAAGCGAUAGCCAGUUUGUUGCAGGCGGACAUAAGUUUAUGGGUUCUAACGGGCGACAAGCAAGAAACCGCCAUUAACAUCGGCUAUUCUUGUAGGUUGUUGUCGCAAGGGAUGCAGAUCAUUAUUUUGAAUGACGACAGUUUAGAUGCCACCAGAGAAUCGAUUUUGAGAAACUGCGAGGGCAUAGGCGAUAAUUUAGGAAAACAGAACGAAAUUGCUGUAAUAGUCGAUGGAAAAACGUUAACUUAUGCGCUAAGUUGCGAACUGAGAAAGGAUUUUCUCAGGCUCUGCGUCUCUUGCAAAGUGGUCAUAUGCUGCCGAGCGUCGCCCAUACAGAAAGCCGAGGUGGUAGAGCACAUGCGGAAAUACACGAAGUCCAUCACCCUAUCAAUUGGUGAUGGGGCCAACGAUGUACCGAUGAUCAGGAAGGCCCAUAUCGGCGUCGGAAUAUCCGGUGCGGAGGGUUUGCAAGCCGCUUGCGCUUCCGAUUACAGUAUAGCCCAGUUUAGGUUUUUGUUGAGGUUACUUUUGGUGCACGGCGCUUGGAAUUAUUCUAGAAUAUGCAAAGUAAUCUUGUACAGCUUCUACAAAAAUAUCACUCUCUAUGUCAUCGAAUUCUGGUACCAGAUCUACGCCGGUUGGUCCGGCGAAAUCAUCUUCGAACGUUGGACGAUCGCCUUGUACAACGUCUUGUUCACGUUUCUGCCUCCGAUGGCGAUGGGUCUCUUCGACAAACCGUGCAGUGCGGACAAAAUGAUGCAGUAUCCACAGCUGUACAAACCCUCGCAGAACGGCGAAAUGUUCAACAUCAAGGUAUUCUGGGUAUGGAUCUUCAACGGCAUCUUCCAUUCGGCUUUGCUGUUUUGGUUGCCGUUGUUGGCUUGUCAAAAUGACGUUUUGUGGAUGAACGGACGGGACGGAGGGUAUUUGAUGUUGGGAAACUGUAUAUAUACGUUUGUGGUUUUGACUGUAAGUUUAAAAGCCGGUCUCGUAAUGAACUCGUGGACGUGGAUGACUCAUUGUGCCAUCUGGGGAUCUAUAGCUUUAUGGUUUGUUUUCGUGAUGGUGUACAGUUUCUUUUGGCCCACGCUUCCAUUCGGAGCUGUGUUUGUGGGAAUGUAUUUAUUGCUGUUUACGUCAGGCGUGUUCUGGUUGGGUAUUUUCGUCGUGCCAACAUUUACUUUAUUACCUGAUUUUACGUUUAAAAUUAUCCACGGAACAGUCUUCAAGACGUUGACGGAUGUCAUCCGGGAAAGCGAGAUCAAAAUGAGCGACCCCGAGGUAUACCGGGGCGAAGCCAAGAACUCAGAAUGUAUCAGCACAUCCAAUUCGAAAAUUUUGACUUUUAACCGAAAGCGAUUUGAACUCCACUGUGAUUUUUUAAAUCAACCUGUAUAUUGUGUCACUGUAGGCAUCAAAAGAAUACUACGAGUACGUCGAAUUUGCCUUCUGUUAAAUCGGAUGCGACGAUUAGGAUCAAGAUCAGCUCUACGCAUUACCAAAGUUUCAUAUUUUCAGACCUUGUUGACGAUGGUUUCGCUUUUUCCCAAGAAGAAGGGGGAGCUGUGUCCCAAUCAGCCGUUAUAAGAGCUUACAACACGAACAUACCCAAGCCUGACGGCAUGUAAACAAAAAAAAAAAGAACGCAAGAAGGAUCAAAUAAUACUAAAAACAAAAAAAUAGAAAAAGUACUUACAGACGUAUAAAAACAAGGUUUAAGGUUUAAAUGAUACCCAUAGGAGCCCAGAAUAUGGUCAAAUAAUUAUUGAUUUAUUCAUAUUUUAGAAAUGUCUUUACCAUGGUAAGAUUGAAAGUUUUGCGGUUUUCAUUCAGCUUCUGUUUUCCUGGGUGUUUUACAUUCAUUUUCGGAAAUAAAUUAAAAUUACAAGGUUGUCAAGUCUGAAUUAUAUAUGAUGAUUGUAUUGUAAGAUUUGUUUCUGACAUAAACCCAUUACCAUUGAUUUUUGCUGUAUAAAUGUUCAUAUUUUUUAAUCUUCCUUAUAUUUAUUACUAGUUUAGAUAGUAUAUUUUAUGACAUUUAAUUAAAAAUAUUGCCUUUGAUAAGACGUUCUUGAGUUUAAGAGUUUAAUGCCUGAAAAAAUUAUCUCUGAUUGAAAAUGUAUUUAAUAAAUUUUGAAUACUAUCAAAACUGCAAAUCUUUCAGUCCUUAGUUUCAAAAAAACUAAACCGUUUUACCUUCAAUUUUAUUAAAUUAUUAUUAAAAAUAAGAUCAUAAAGUUGUAAACAAUGCCAAUGAUUUUUACUUCUUUUUCUACAUAUUCUGAUCUCGGGGUUCUAAAUAAAUACCUCAAUUAUAAUGCUUUUUUUACCUAUAACAAGUAUUGAAAUGGAUCACUAUUUAAAGUUGAAAAUAUUCCUAGCCUUAAUUAUAAAAAUGUGAGAGAAAACAGUUUUGUCAACUUUGGAAAUUAAUAAUAACAAAUUUAUCAGUAAAAGAUACAAAAUUGUAUCGCUGAAGCGCAGUGUUCUGGGACAAUUUAGUUUUUUACAGGAAAGUCAAUUAUAAUUAAAUAUGAAUUGGGAACAAUAUCAUCUUCGCGUUUUUCAAUGUUUUAUUGUGGACUUGAUUACGUUCCAUCAAAUCUGUAAAAUUUAUUCACUAUGGUCUUAGGACAUUGUCGUUUUCAAUUUAAAUCCCACUCUGAUAGAAAUGUCAGAAACGGAAGGCGGAAACGUCUGAACUGGUCAGUCAAAAAUUAUUAUCUCGUCAGACAAAAUUGUCUUAUCUUGUCAUACAAAAAUAUCUUAUCAUUUCAGACAGAAAUAUCUUAUCACAUAGAAGUUUCAUCUUGUCGAUAAAAAUGUCAAUUUAUCAGACAUGUCUUGUCAGAAAGAAAGGUUUUAUCUUGUUAUGCUGCGUUUUGUUCUUUUUACUUGAAGCCGUUCAUUUAAUACAUCUGCGGCUUCUCGAUGGGAUCUGCUCCGUGGUCUUUUAAUGCAGAGCUGGUAAAUCGAGUAAGAUCUAUUUACUCCGAAUUAAAUUUUAGAGCUUUCGGAGUAAAUGUAAUUUCUGUGACAAUUGAUAAAGUAGAUGUACUUUUCUGAGAUGUACAGACAUCGUUCGUUGUCUCUUGUG